AUGGGGAGAUUGUGUGUGUUAUUACGUUGCCUUUCGGUUGCUCUGUUGCUGGGGGUGUGUUUGGGUGCGGACCCAUUUGCCUUCUUCGAUUUCGAGGUCUCUUACAUUACGGUCUCGCCUCUACUUGGUCAACCUCAGCAGGUUAUUGCAAUCAACAAGAAAUUCCCAGGUCCCGUUAUCAACGUAACAACUAAUUACAAUGUUGUGGUGAAUGUGAAGAACAAUCUGGAUGAGGAUCUCCUAAUCACAUGGUCCGGAAUCCAAAUGCGCAAAACUGCGUGGCAAGACGGGGUUUUGGGCACGAAUUGCGCGAUUCCACCAAAAUGGAACUGGACUUACCAGUUUCAGGUGAAGGAUCAAAUUGGUAGCUUCUAUUAUUUCCCAUCACUGAAUAUGCAGAGAGCUUCUGGUGGAUUUGGUUCUAUUAUAGUUAACAACCGGUCAGUUAUUCCCUUGCCUUUUGAACUUCCUGCUGAUGAUAUAAUCCUCAUGAUUGGUGACUGGUAUACUGGCGGCCACACUGCCCUUCGAACGACCCUCGACCAUGGACAAGCGUUGAAUCCUCCGGAUGGGAUUUUGAUCAAUGGAAAAGGACCGUAUAAUUAUAACAACACGGCUCAAGAUGAGAACGCAUACGAAACUAUUAAUGUUGAACGGGGCAAGACUUACAGAUUUCGAGUCCACAAUGUCGGGGUCUCGACUUCUCUGAAUUUCCGAAUUCAGAACCAUAGUAUGCUGCUGGUCGAAACAGAGGGCUAUUACACUAUACAGCAGAAUUAUACGAACAUGGACAUUCAUGUGGGCCAGUCUUUCUCCUUUCUCGUCACAAUGGACCAGAACCCGAGCAGUGCCUUCUAUAUCGUGGCUAGUGCCCGGUUCACGAACCAAUCACUUAACGGUGUGGCGAUUUUGCGUUAUUCCAACUCGAGUAGAUUGCCCGUGGGUCCACUCCCGGAUGGUCCUAACGAUGAAUAUGACAAAUCAUUUUCAAUGGGCCAGGCCAAGUCCAUCAAGCUAAACGGAAGUGCGAGUGGGGCCCGUCCGAAUGCUCAGGGCUCGUUUCAUUACGGUGAAAUAAACGUGACAGACACAUAUGUUCUCCAAAGUGUGGGGCCAACUUUGAUCGACGGAAAAUUGCGAGCAGCGUAUAAUGGAAUAUCCUUUGUGAAACCCGAUACGCCCUUUAGGCUUGCGGAUUGGUAUAAAGUGAAAGGGGCUUACAAGCUCGAUUUCCCCAUUACGCCCCUCAACAGGACAACGCCUGUUUUGGACAGGUCGAUCAUCAAUGCUACUUAUAAGGGUUUUAUCGAGAUCAUUUUGCAGAACAAUGAUACAGUCUUGCAAACUUUUCACCUCGACGGUUAUUCCUUCUUUGUCGUUGGAAUGGAUUACGGCGUCUGGACUGAGAACAACAGGGGUACGUAUGAUAAGUGGAGUGCAAUAUCUCGCUCGACUGUUCAAGUUUAUCCUGGUGCAUGGACUGCAGUUUACGUGUCUCUAGACAAUGUUGGUGUUUGGAAUCUGAGGACUGAAAAUCUCGACAGAUGGUACCUUGGACAGGAGACUUACAUGAGAAUUACGAAUGCCGAGGAUAAUGGCAACAAAACCGAACUGCCUCCUCCCGAUAAUGUUCUCUAUUGUGGUGCCCUGAAAAAUAUGCAGAAGCCUCAAAAGAUUACCUCUUUGUCUGCUCGACUCGUUUGCUCAAAGCUCCUUGUCCUUCUGCUUGUGAUAUUCUCUACGUGGGGUUUCGAUUCGCGUUAG